UUAAACGUUUAUCGUUGGCGCGUAAUACUGAAAAACACUGAAUAUAAUUCAUAUAAUUAUAUACCUGCAGUGUGUGUUUACSCGCGGUAUAUCGCAUUACUGUAUAAUAUAUACUAUAUACAUUUAUUAUAUCGGUACGUAAGAUAAACCGAUUUUUAUUAAUUUCGAUAAUUUCUACGAUAUAUAAUUAUUGUCGCGAGUAGUGUUCGCCGUCGUACCGAAAAUUAACAUUAUUUAAACGACGAAACGACAGCGACUAUGACGAUUGCGGCCGUACGGUGAACGCCGUCGUAGCUGACCUAUUGCACCCGAUCCGCGAACAGGCCACACGUCGUUGUAUAACAUAACUAUAUAUAGUUCACGUUCACGUCCGCAGAAACCGAUGAAAUUGGACGGACGACUUGGCGGGACGACGUGCGACGGUGGUGGCGGUGCUGUUUACCGCGCAUCAGCGGGUCUCAGCGACAACGGCGAUUGCACGGAACGGCCACCGACUUCCACCACCGUCGCCACAGCCGCAGUGGACGAGCGCGGCUUGACGUCGCCGCGGGAACAGUGCGAUUGCGACUCCGACGCCCGUGGACAGGCGAUGGCCACCUGCACGGCGGCCGGUCCCGCGGCCGUGCCGAAGACGUCUGCCGUCGGUUCGUCGCUGUUUACCAUCGACAUUGCCGCGGCUGGAUACCAAAGCAUCUAUCCCAGUUAUAUGAUGGCCAUGGCGGUGACGGGAGGCCACGGGACUGCUGGCGGCCAUCAUCACGGUCCCGUGUCUAUGUUCGCCGGUCCGCCGGCCAAGAGAAAGAGAAGGCACCGRACCAUAUUCACCGAGGAGCAGCUCGAACAGUUAGAAGCGACUUUCGAGAAGACUCAUUACCCAGACGUGGUUCUCAGGGAGCAGUUGGCGCUGAAGGUGGAUUUAAAAGAAGAACGAGUAGAGGUAUGGUUUAAAAAUCGUCGGGCAAAGUGGAGAAAGCAAAGACGUGAAGAACAAGAUAGACUGAGGAAAAUGCAACAUCAUCUAGUGGAACAACCUGGGGUUUCUAAUGGGCUAGCAGCUGCAGUGGCGGCAGCCGCGGCUAGGGGGGGAGAUCCAAUGCGGUUAGUUCAUCUGCACGUGGACGAAGAAGAACUCGAAGAAGAUCCCGAUUCUUCGGACUUGGAAGUUGCUUGAGUAAAUUCUAUCGACUGAAUAAAUGAUUGUUUGUCUUUUUUAUACAUCUCUUGAGGAGCUAGUUUUUUUUUUUUGUUAACUCAGAGCGAUGCAUAUAUAUUUUUAAGAUGUGUUUUGAUAUUUUGAAAAGCGUUCCUUUAAACCAAUAAUGAUAAUCAGUAAAUAUUUUUUUGUUAUUAACAAUAUUGAACACCUUAACGGCU